CCUGGUGGGAAGGCAGGGCCAACCCAGGGGAGCUCAGGUGCAUGCAAUGCACCUGAGUGACCAGAAGGAGUGGAGCCAGGAUCCAUCCCUUUCCAGACCUCAUGUAAGGGUUGGCAAUGGAGGUGAGGGGAUCUUGCUGGAGAUCCCUGCCUACCUGAGGGUCUUAUGAGCCUUCUGAAAGACACUCAUGGGACCAUAUGGGAUGGAUCGAACUGUGCAUUGCUUUGAAUUCUACGACUGUGCCAAUGGACUGGGAAUUAAGGUGAUCGGCGGCAUCAAGGAGAUCACCGGAGAAGAAUAUGGAGUUUAUGUCAAGAGGAUCCUGCCAGGGGGUGUUGCUUAUGCUGAUGGGCGCCUGCAGCCAGGAGACCAGAUCCUGGAGGUCAAUGGAGAUUCUCUAAUUGGGGUUACCAGCGAGAGGGCCGUGGACAUCCUGAGGACAGCUUCAGCCACCAGCCACAUGCGCCUUCUGAUAGCCCGUGAUGAUGAUGCCAGGACGAAGGGCUGCGGAACAAGGAGGAAGGGUUUUUCCUACUUCCUGCCUCUUCUUUUUCCUCACAUCUGCCUGGAUUCUUACGGUGCCAUGUCAGCUUUCUGGGAUGCAGGCUGAGCACCACCCUGCAGCUUUUCUUUGCAAACCCCCAGCGUGCGAGGCACGGCGGGGGAGGAAAGGCGAUGGCUCUGGGUUUGGAAGCAGAUUCGCCCUGCCUGCCAAUUUUCCCCAUGACUCAGCUGUGUAGCAUUUUGCCGUGGUUGCCCUUGGGUGAAUUUGACUUAUAAACGCUAUUAUUUGUCCCUGAAGUUAAUUAUAGGCCCCAAUUACCUGUGCUGUUAAUGGAACUCAGUCCUGGCAUGUAUAAGAUGCAUGCUUUCGGCCUGGCACAUCAGACGUGCUGCAGAGAGCUGCAGUAAUGCUAGGGCUUGGAGCAGAACAUUCAGAUUUCGAGCUGGACGCGCUGGGUUUGGAGGACGGUUGGAUCCCAUUUCAUUUGUGCUCCUCUUUGGCUAAUGAGGAUGAUUUUUAUUGCAUACGCAUAAUCACUGUUUAUUCCUCCUCAGCCUGAAAGUUACAAUAGUGCCUUGUUUCCGUGGGCUGUGCUGAUACCAUCCUGGUCUUUCAGGUUUAUCACUGUGAGACAGCCUUGCUGCACCUCCUAGCACAGCGUAGCUAGCAGUUGAUCACACACCUGUGCACGAUGAGUGUGCUCAUCUCGUCAAAAUCGGGCUGAUGUGCUCAUCGUGCCUUUCCAUAUGCAGUGAUUGCGACAUGCCUGGAGCAAAUGCGAGGUGAUCCCCUCACCCUGCGAGCUCCAGCUGUGGGUAGGGGCCAGCUCCUGUGGCUGCUCUCAGACCCACGGGAUGGCUGGAGUCAGAAGGGACAUUGAGAGGCUGCCUGGUCCUGCUGCAUGCAAUGAGCAGGGACGCCCACAGCUCCAUUGGGUGCCCAGAGCCCAUCCAGCCUGAAAACAUUCACUGCUGCAAGCCUGAUGUCCCAGGCUCUUUAGCUGCUCCUAGAGGAGAAGCACACAUACUUUCACCCCAAAGCCAGGAAGCCCACAUGCCCGUGGCUGCUUUCCAGACCCACGCCUGGCUCCAUGGAUAUGGAGCAUCACCCACCUGAGAGAUAGAAACGCCACAGCCACUGUGCAAUGGGUGUGAGAAAGUGGCCUUGCUGGCUGCUUGCAUCAGGCUUGCAGUGCUUCGGGUUCAGGGUUCUGCUGCCCUGCAGGCUUUAUUUACGGAGACGCUAUUAAUGUGUGCAGUGUCACAGGCUCCUCUCUCCCCAGCCUUGGUGCAGGGCUCAGGCUUCCAGACGCGGUGCUCACACGUCACCUUUGAUGUUGGACUCACCCUUUGUUCUCCCAAGAACAAAAGGGCAGGACAAAAGGGUAUUAUGAGAUAAAACAACAAUAUUCUGUGGGAAGAUUGACCCCUGCUGCUUAAUCUGCUGCAGAGUCCGCCACAGCUGCCUGCUGCUGGCAUCCCCAUCAUCCAGCCCCACGCCAAGGGGCUGAGCUUGGUGCAGGAUGGUUCCAGGCCCUGCCCUGCUCCAGCUUGGUGAAAAAGAGCUGGAGAAGGGAUGGUCAGAAUGAACUUUUUGCA